AUGUCCGCCUCCUUCAGAUCCAUCUCGCCCCUUUUGAGGACGGCGCGCGCUCUCCGAGCCGGUCAUGCCAACCCGUUGUAUUUUGCCGGCAAGAAGCAGAAUGUUGUGGGCAUGAUGAACUAUGCUCGAGGCUAUGCUCAGUUCACCCGUGACAAGCCUCACGUCAACAUCGGCACCAUCGGCCAUGUCGAUCACGGCAAGACCACUCUCUCCGCCGCCAUCACCAAGAGACAAGCUGAGAAGGGCUUCGCGAACUUCUUGGACUAUGGCUCCAUCGACAGGGCCCCCGAGGAGAGGAAACGUGGUAUUACCAUCUCCACCUCGCAUAUCGAGUACGCCACCGAGAAUAGGCACUACUCCCACGUCGACUGCCCCGGUCACGCCGAUUACAUCAAGAACAUGAUUACUGGUGCCGCCAACAUGGAUGGCGCUAUCAUCGUUGUCGCCGCCUCUGAUGGCCAGAUGCCCCAGACCCGUGAGCACCUUCUUCUCGCCCGUCAAGUCGGUGUCCAGAAGAUUGUCGUCUUCGUCAACAAGGUCGACGCCAUUGAGGACCCGGAGAUGUUGGAGCUCGUCGAGAUGGAGAUGCGCGAACUUCUUAACCAGUACGACUUCGAGGGCGACGACACUCCCGUCAUCAUGGGCUCCGCGCUUUGCGCCCUCGAGAACAAGAGGCCUGAGAUUGGCCAGCAAAAGAUUGACGAGCUGCUGGAGGCCGUCGAUUCGUGGAUCCCCACCCCGGAGCGUGACCUUGACAAGCCUUUCCUCAUGUCUGUCGAGGACGUCUUCUCCAUCUCUGGCCGUGGCACCGUCGUCUCUGGCCGUGUCGAGCGUGGUCUCCUCAAGCGCGACGCCGAGGUUGAGCUCGUCGGUAAGGGUACUGAAGUCAUCAAGACCAAGGUCACCGAUAUCGAGACCUUCAAGAAGUCCUGUGAGGAGUCCCGCGCUGGUGACAACUCUGGUCUCCUACUCCGUGGUGUGCGCCGCGAAGAUAUCAAGCGCGGCAUGAUUAUAACCGUCCCCGGUGAGGUCAAGGCGCACAAGAAGUUCCUCUGCUCUCUCUAUGUCCUCAGCAAGGACGAGGGUGGCCGCCACACCGGCUUCGGCGAGAACUACAGGCCCCAGAUCUACCUCCGUACUGCCGACGAGUCUGUCACCCUCCGCUUCCCCGACGGCACCGAGGACGCUAGCCACAAGAUGGUCAUGCCCGGUGACAACGUCGAGAUGGUUGCCGAGCUCCACCUACCCAACGCUCUCGAGGUCGGUCAGCGCUUCAACAUCCGUGAGGGUGGUCGCACCGUCGCCACCGGUCUUAUCACCCGCGUCGUCGAGUAA